GGAACCUCGACGGCUGUAGAGUGUCCGGGCUGCCGUAAAUGGUUAAACAAUACGCGAAAUGAGCGCACGCUGGCGUAGCGAAGCGCUUUACUUAGCGUUCGCGAUCGCUGUGCUGCCACAUGCCAGUCCAGUCGAAGGCUCCGGCGGGGGUGGCAUGUUCGGAGAUGUUAAUAUAUCAGCAAUUUUAGACUCUUUCAGUAUAAGUUAUGAUAAAAGAGUAAGGCCAAAUUAUGGUGGUCCGCCAGUGGAGGUUGGCGUCACCAUGUAUGUGCUGUCUAUCAGCUCCGUCUCCGAAGUGCUCAUGGAUUUUACAUUGGACUUUUAUUUUCGACAAUUUUGGACGGAUCCACGACUAGCAUAUAAGAAACGAGCCGGGGUUGAAACACUAUCAGUUGGGUCCGAAUUUAUUAAGAAUAUUUGGGUGCCCGACACAUUUUUUGUUAAUGAAAAGCAAUCCUAUUUUCAUAUAGCCACUACUAGUAACGAAUUUAUAAGGAUACAUUAUUCAGGAUCUAUUACAAGAAGUAUAAGAUUAACCAUUACAGCAUCUUGCCCUAUGAAUCUUCAAUAUUUCCCAAUGGACCGUCAAUUAUGUCACAUUGAGAUAGAGAGUUUCGGCUACACCAUGCGAGACAUCCGUUACAAAUGGAACGAGGGGCCCAAUUCUGUGGGCGUUUCCAGUGAGGUGUCCCUGCCGCAAUUCAAGGUGCUCGGCCAUCGACAACGAGCUAUGGAGAUCUCGCUUACAACAGGAAACUACUCAAGAUUGGCUUGUGAGAUCCAAUUUGUGCGUUCAAUGGGAUACUAUUUAAUUCAAAUUUACAUUCCAUCUGGUCUAAUUGUUAUCAUAUCAUGGGUAUCAUUUUGGUUAAAUCGUAACGCGACACCUGCUCGCGUGGCGCUAGGUGUGACCACGGUAUUGACAAUGACCACGCUCAUGUCCUCAACAAACGCUGCUCUGCCAAAGAUCUCCUACGUCAAAUCCAUCGACGUGUACCUGGGCACUUGCUUCGUAAUGGUCUUCGCCAGUCUGUUAGAAUAUGCUACGGUUGGGUAUAUGGCAAAGAGGAUACAAAUGAGAAAACAGAGGUUUAUGACGAUUCAAAAGAUUGCAUCAGAGAAGAAAAUGCCAGUCGACUGUCCACCAGUUGAUACCCACACGCUUUCGAAAAUGAAUACCAUUGGAAGAUGUAACCCCGGUCGACCAUCAGAAGUCCGAUUCAAAGUGCAUGAUCCCAAAGUACAUUCGAAGGGCGGAGUAUUGGAGAACACCGUAAAUGGCGGAAGAAAUACAGAAGAAGAAAAUCCGCCGGCCCCUCAACUAUUACCACCUGGCAAGGACAUCAGCAAGCUACUUGGAAUGACUCCGUCGGACAUCGACAAAUAUUCGCGUAUCGUUUUCCCUGUAUGCUUUGUCUGCUUCAACCUAAUGUACUGGAUAAUAUACCUCCACGUUUCCGAUGUCGUAGCUGACGAUCUGGUACUUCUGGAAGAGGAUAAAUAGAGGGGUCUAAGCUAUCACCACUUAUUUUUCCACUCGCACACAUUAAAUAAUAAUUUGAAAUGCGAUAUCAUUUCUAUGAUAGAAACUUCACGACGUUAACGCUCGUAGCUUAGAUGCUAGAAUAUCGCUUUAGAUUAAUUGUAUAUAAAACGAUCUCCAAUCUACACGACAUUAACGAAUUGUAUUAAAUAGUGGAUAGGAUUUUGUAAGUAUUCCUUCGGGAGCUAGAAAUGACU